AUGGUCAAACAUAGAGAAGUUGUUGCUUGGCUGGGAGUAAACAUUUCCCUCUUUGUGGUUUAUUUCUUGACCUUUGACAGAGGUGAAAAGUACUUCUACACCCGCCAGAUCCUUGGGUCUGCCCUGCCUUGGGCACGUGCUUCAGCCAAAUGCCUCAACUUCAACAGCAUGCUGAUCCUGCUGCCUGUUUGCCGGAACCUUCUCUCCUUUCUGAGAGGCAGCUGUUGGUGUUGCAGACGCACCAUGAGGAAACAACUAGAUCACAACUUGACCUUCCACAAGCUGGUGGCCUACAUGAUUGCCCUCCACUCAGCGGUUCACAUCAUUGCUCACCUGCUCAACUUUGAGUGGUACAACCGUGCCAAGCAAGCAACAGACGGAGACCUGGCUUCCACCCUCUCUCACUUACAUGAGGACGAUGGGUUGUGGCUAAACCCCAUCCAUUCAAACACUACGACACCCUUGUAUGUGGCAUUCACCACCAUUCCUGGUAUAACAGGUGUGAUCAUCACCUUGUGCUUCAUCCUUAUGGUCACUUCUUCUAUGGAGUUCAUCCGCAGAAACUACUUUGAGGUCUUCUGGUACACCCAUCAUCUCUUUGUUAUCUACUUUCUUGGCCUCGUCAUCCACGGCAUUGCAGGUCUUGUUCGUGGGCAGACAGACAAAAGCUUGGAGGAGAGCAAUCCUAAGCUCUGUGCUGGGCAGUAUACAGAGUGGGCUCAAGGCAACAGCACUCAUUGCAAAGUGCCUGAGUUUCAGGGUCUUCCUGCUGAGUCCUGGAAGUGGGUGUUGGCCCCAAUAAUUCUCUAUGCCUUUGAGAGAGCCUUGAGGAUUUGGCGUUCCUGCCAGAAGGUGGUUGUUGUAAAGGCCAUUAUGCACCCUUCAAAUGUCCUUGAGCUGCAGUUGUACAAGAAAGGAUUCAACAUGGAAGUAGGGCAGUAUGUUUUCCUCAACUGCCCGUCUAUCUACUAUUUGGAGUGGCAUCCAUUCACCCUCACAUCUGCUCCAGAGGAAAAGUUAUUCUCUGUCCACAUCAGGGCAGCAGGCGAUUGGACAGAGGCUCUGAUUGACAACUUUAAGCAGCCGAACCCGGUGAUGCCCAGGAUUGAAGUAGAUGGUCCCUUUGGCACUGCCAGCGAAGAUGUGUUCCAGUACGAGGUGGCCAUGUUGGUGGGAGCUGGGAUUGGAGUGACACCAUUUGCCUCUGUGCUGAAAUCCAUCUGGUACAAGUUCCAGCACGGUGACCAGGGUCUCCAAACAAAAACGAUUUACUUCUACUGGAUCUGUCGAGAGACAGGGGCCUUUGCCUGGUUCAGGGAUCUGCUGGCCUCUCUGGAACAAGAGAUGGAUGAGUCUGGCAGGGCAGGCAUGCUCAGCUACCAUCUCUACCUCACAGGCUGGAACAGCAGUAUGGUUGGUCACGCAGCGGUCAACUUUGACAGGUCCACCGACAUGGUGACGGGCCUGCGGCAGAAAACUUUCUUUGGGAGGCCCAUGUGGAGCAAUGAAUUCUCAGCGGUGGCAGCUGCCCAUCCCAGGUCUGUAGUGGGUGUGUUUCUGUGUGGCCCAGAGAGCCUUGGCUAAGACUCUGCAAAAGUACUGCCAUCAACACUCCAGCCUAGAUCCCAGAAACGUCCAGUUUUACUUCAAUAAAGAGAAUUUUUAAGUCAAGCACAGGAAUACCGCUCCUCCCCAGCACGUCUUGCAGCCAGAAACUGGCCAAACUUGUGGGCCUGAAUGCUGCCAAAUGCUGUUGUUGUAGCUUGACCCAGACUCCGGACCUCUGCACGGCAUUGUUUUGGCAGGACCACCCACCCUUGCCCCAAUAUGCUUCUUUGGGCAAAAGCUGCAGACUACAAACAUUUUCAAGUAGGAGAUGGGGGUGUUAUUGGGUUGUUCCUUGUUUUUAUUCUUACAUGUAUUGUGGUUUUAUAUUACCAUUUUAUGUUGUCAUUUUAUAUUGUCAUUUUAUGUUGAGACCUGUGGGUAUA